GUUUUGAUGAUUCAAGCAGUUUUACUGAUAAGACACGAGACGGAGAUGGUGAAUUUGUCGAUGUGGAAGGUUAUGAUCACUAUGACGACAGAGAGGCUGACCUUGAGGAAGAAAAUAGCGUGCUCUACCAUGAUUUACAACUUUCACCAGAGAACAGUGAGGAAGAUAGUGAUAUUGAUGAUGAGGAUGCUUCGUUUCUGCAGCGACAGAGUGAUGAUGAAUCUUUUAUCUCUCUUGGUAACAAUGAGAGCAGAAUGAGUUUUACUGACAAUGAUGAAAGUAGAAUGAGCUUUGGGGGCAAUGAAAGUGGGUACAGUUUUGAUAACAGUCGUUUUGGCACACCAGGCACUGCAUCAGAUAGUUUUGCUGGCAGACUGAUGUCAGAGGAUGAAGAGGAAGAAGAUGAAGAAGGUCCUGGCGAGGUGAUGGAGGAUCCCGUCGAUGAAAUGCAUCAAGCAGAAGCAUUUAUUAAAGCAGAGGAGGAUAGAUUUAUUGUAGAUGAUAAUCUUGAAAAUAUGUGAAAAACAUAUUGAUGGGAAAUUCUCUGACCCUGUGUUAUGUGGGGGUCAUGUAUUAACUGACUAGUUACCUAAACAUAUUAACUUAUAUUGUGGGUGUUUCAAAACUGUAUAAAACAUACCUUAUUGCCUGAAAUUGCAUGUGUUACCAUGACAACAUGGUGAAUGAGGGCAGGGUGUUUGCUGAGAUAUGUAUUAUGCAAUUUUAGUGACAAUUCAUGAAAUGACUUUCAGAUGCAGUGAAAUUAUGUGUGGAAAUUUUCUGUAAAUUUGUAAUGUCACUUAAUACCAAGAUGUUAUAAUGGUAUAGUGCCAUUUAAAAUUAAGGAAACAGAAAAAAAAGAAAAUAACAGUUUGUAAACUUUGAAAGAAGUGUAAAGGUGGUAAGAAAAGCCAAUGACUUGUAUAGCACCCUCUGGUGUUCAGUUUGAAGUAUACUUAUCUUGUACUGACCAGAUUCUUAUAUAUUUUUAUAUUGAAAUGCAAUAGCGAGUAUACAUUCUCAUGUCAGUUGAAUGUAUAUAAAUAUUUCUCAAACAA